AGAAGAUGAAAUCUUUAACAAUUAUGAUUAUUUAUGUGUGUCUUAAAUCUUCUCAAUGCUUUUGAUAUCACCUAUACAAUCAACGAAGUAAUUGUCAAAUGUGGCAGUUAUUAACCUCCUCUUUUAUCAACUUUAUCAAUAACACCCAUCAAAAAAUGAGUUUUUUUAAUCGUUGGCGAUACUCUUGCAAAGAAAACUGGUUAAAAUGUUGUAAAUUUACUUAUAACAAAGAAACGGGUGAAUGUUUAGGAAGAUCGUGCAAGAAAUGGUUAUCAUUAUUGGCAUUUUACCUGUUAUACGUCUUAUUCACUUUAAGCGGUUUUUUUGGAAUUUUAUUCGUAAUGGUACAUAUCAUGGAGGAACAGGGUUUGGAUUCCUUAAAAAGUAAAUUAACUUUAUUUACCGGCGCUUGUCCUGGAUUAGCGAUCAUACCGAAAUUAUCGUUACAAAAAGCACCACUUUUGUGGUACAAAUCGGACGAUCCGAAAACGCAAAAUGAAUACGUCGAAAAAAUCGAUCAAUUUUUAGCCAAAUAUGAUGGUAAUAAAACAGGAAGUAACGUUUAUGUGGAUUGUUCGAAAACGAAACGAAGACGUGGACAAUAUUGUACUUUUACUAGAAACGAUUUGGGACCAUGUGGUAAUUCAAGUUAUGGUUAUGAUAGUUUUCAACCGUGUUUUUACAUAACAUUAAAUAAAAUUAUUGGUUGGGAUCCAAAAGAUUAUCGACCUGAAGGAAGCUCUGAUUCUGAUCGUAUUGAAAAUGAAAUAAUUAUGGUCACUUGUAAAGCGAUUCAUCAUUAUGAUGCAGAACAUCUUGGACCAAUCAAAUAUUAUCCUACCAAUGGGUUUCAUGAGUAUUUCUUCCCUUACGAUGGUUCUGAUUUGUAUCUUCCCCCUGCCAUAGCUGUACAAUUUCCGGAAAUGAAAACCGGUUAUGUUAUUGGUAUUAAAUGCCUAAGUUAUGAUGUUGGAAUCAAUCGAGAUAAUGAGGCUUAUUACACUGAUACCGUUUAUAUGUAUAUUAAAAACUAAGAUUUAAAUAAAUCAAAAAAUUAAUUG